GGAGCCUCGGCCGUUCUCGUGGGGGCCCCUGUGGAGCCCGGGGCAAAUUGCCCCACUUGCCCGCCCCCUGGGCGGUGCUGCGCCGUACAUCAUUACCGCAGUUGUUUCGCCAGUAGACAGCCUGAGCUUCAGUCUCUCUGAAUAGAAAGUUUCUCAAAGAUGGAUAAGAGCAGAAAGACAGUAGCUCAAUAUCUGGAUAAGGCAUUGGCUGAUAGUGAAAAGGCAGCCCUUGAAGACCUGCUAUUUUCCUAUAAAGGAAUUUUGUACCCUGCUGCUUUUUGCAACCUGGAAACUGUCCAAGUUCUUGAUUCUUUUGAAGCCAGGAGUGACGAUGUGAUCCUAGCGGGAUACCCUAAAACUGGUACUAACUGGCUUGAUCAAGUCUUAAAUGAUUUGGAAAUUACAGCUGCAAAAUAUACAAAGGAGGACAUUAAUGAGAGAAUGAAUAUUACAAAUGAAUUAUCUGUAUUUCUACGUCUUGAAUUUGGGGAUCCAGAGAAAUUUAAGAGGAUGAAGGAAUUACCUUUCAGAAGAAUCAUAUUAACACAUCUCUCUCCUCAAGUCCUGCCCAAAUCUAUUUUCAAAAGCAAGGCCAAGAUACUGCUGCUGGUUCGAAAUCCAAAAGACACCGCUGUAUCUUACUUCCAUUUUCACAACAAUAUGCCUACACUUCCCUCCUUCAGCUCAUGGGAUGAGUAUUUUGCAGCUUUUAUGCAUGGAAAAAUAUCCUGGGGCUCCUAUUUUGAUUAUUUAGUUGAAUGGAACAAGCAUGUGGAUGAUGAAAAUGUUAUGGUGAUAACCUAUGAAGAGCUGAAAGAGAAUCAGACAUUAGGAUUGAAAAAAAUAGCUGACUUCUUUGGGUUCUCCCUAAGUGAGGAAGAGAUUCAGACUGUUGCAGAGAAAAGCAGCUUCGAAGCUAUGAAAGAGAAAUCCUUCAAAACCCAUGGAACAUUUGGGAAAAUUCUCUUCCGUAAAGGAAUUGUUGGUGACUGGAAGGACCAUUUCUCUGAAGCUCAGAGUAAAGAAAUGGACAGAAAAUUUGAAGAGUGUUUAGCAGGAACUAAACUGGGAGAAAAGAUGAAAUAUGGGGUGUAUUGGAAGGCCUAAAGAGCAAAACAGCAAAACCUAAUGCAACUGUUCCCCUUAGUAUGAUCUGUUCACUUGUUUUUGCACACUGGAAAAAUCAUCUAAACUUGUGUAUAUCUAAUUAUAAAUAAUUAUAUUUUAGUCCGUAAUACCAGCAAUUUAUGUCAGAUGUGUGCUUUAAAUUUGAUACCUCACCAUGCUUAAUAGAUCUUUUAUAUAUGCAUAUGCCCAUUGUAUGGCAUUGCCUUAGAAAGGAGCUGUAGACUUCAAUAUCAUAUACACUAUUCUGAGGAGGUAUCAGGCAGAAGCACCAUCAGUUAUUUAACCAUUCUAUCAAAAACAAUGUAAUCGGUGAGCCAAUUCUGCACUGAGAAAUCCCUUGAAAUUCAUGGGGGUUGCAUUUGAUGUAAGUCAAUGCAGAAUUAGGCUUAGAGUGUCCAGAUGAUCCAGAUGUCCAAAAGUGAUAGAAAUUCCACCAAAUAGAUUAGUUUUUGCCAUUAACAUUAACAAUGACUUGAAUGUGGCUAUCUUCUGGUGGAACAGGCUGAUUCCCUCCAAGAUAACUGUUAUCCAAUCAGCUUUUCUAUUUCUGUUUUCCUGCUUGCAUUCAUUAUUUGUCUGUGUCCUUUAAAUCUUUGAUUUGAUAAGUGCAUUAAAAAUGUUAUUAAUUGGUUCAUCUUGUUUCAAUCAGAGGGGGCAUGUUGGAAGCCUGGCUACGGUUGCCAGUUUUGUUUGGACAUAUUCCUGGAGGUUUCAUCACAUAAUAUAAUCCUUAAUUAAAGAUUAAUCUUUAAUUCCUGGAGUCUCCAGGAUAAUUCUGGAGGGUCGGCAACCCUAGGCCUGGUAAAAGAUAGAGGAUCCCUGAGGCUUGAAUUAUUCAUGGUCAUAAACUCUAUACAGAGUAGCAAAUGUUUGUAUCAUUGCAGCAAACUAACUGGUCUACUCUGGAAGCUGUGGCUGAGAUUUUCAAAGCCAGGGCAACUGCACUGAAAUUAAUGGGAAAUUAAUUAAUUAGUGGUUAAUUCUCCUAGAUGGCUUUGAAACUCUCGGUCUAUCUAUUGUACUCUUAGCAUAACCAGGCUAUUGCCAAAAUAUAGGACACCACUGCCCUGAGAAUAUCUUGAGGAUACAAAAUCAAAAUAAAGCAAAAAGUGUGGAGACCAGGGGGGAGUUUUUUCAUGGCACAUCUGACCCAUCCUGGGGAAAACCAAGACACAUGUAUCUGAUAUAGCUGCUGGUAUCAUUGUGCUUUCUGAGCUUUUGUGAAUGACCCCUUUUAAUCUACUCCUUUGUAUUAGCCCAAGAGGUUGGGUGUUUUUUCCCUCCCAUCAGACUCAUACAUUUCUUCUCUCCCUUCACCCAAUUUCAAAACCAUGAUGUUAGUGUGUAUUCCAAAUUUAGAAAAAUAAGUUCUCCCAUUCCUAUUUUUUUGGUUACUUGUUCUCAAAAAUAGUGUCAGUUGCAGGUAUCAUGCAGUCUUCUUGUCUGUGUCUAUCUAGCUAUAAUAUAUAGAUGUUUCUGGUUGAAAAGCAGAAUUUUCCUCCUGAGAAAUUCUGAUAUUUCUACAUUUAUUUUCACUCAAAAUAUCAGGACAAAAAGUCAAGAUACUGAAAUUUUUCACUGAACGGGAAGUUCUGAAAUAUUUCAGUUCAGAAAUGAUGUGUUCAUUUCUACAUUUUCAGCUGAAACAAAAUGUUUUGACAUUCCCUAAUUGAAACUUUUCAUUUUGGCCUGGUUCAGCAUUACAGUCUGUGUCCUUCUGAGCUGCUGUGGUGCCUCGUAGGAGUUGUAGUUUAGGUGGCUUAGACUCCCAUUUUCUGCUAUCAACCAGGCUCCCAGGCCAGAUUACACCCACAUGAUGCAUCGUUCAUCCAAGUCCCAUGAUUCACUGCAGAAAUCAGAGGGGAGACUGAGGUGUAUCAUGGGAGAUGUAGUCCAGGAAGGGUGCCUAGCCCAUAGAGGAGAAUGGAGAUACGAGGCACUCAAACUGCAGCUUCCAUGAGACACUGCAGCAUCUCAGGCAUGAUAGGGAUUUUAAGGGGUCCCGCUUGCCCCAGACUGUGUCCCGCUUGCCCCAAGCUGAGUUAGCUGAGCAUAAGUAAUUGCAGGCCAUUAUAGGCCAGCUUGACAUUAAGGCAUAGGAAAAUUUGUAAUAGUUUGUGUGGCUUAAUCAAAAGGCCAACAGGAGAAAGGGGAACCAAAAUCAACUGAUGGUUGUGCAACAUGGCCUUAGUAUAGCAGCACAUUAGCAAUGGAAAAUAAUUAAGCAGAACAGUAACGUACAAUGUAACCGCACGUAGGUGGGCAAACUAAUUUAAGAAAGGGCUUAUUGUACAACAGUAUUAAAAAUAGUUGCAAAGUUAAAUUAGUAAGCAAUAAGGUAACGCAAGAAGAGGGACAUGGCGUAAGCAGGAGCAUCUAGGACAAUAACAGGAAAACCCCUAGAUGGUGAGGGGCUCUAAUUGGCUUGCUAAUAAAAAAUAUUAUACCAAAUAAGGUUGAUAAGAUUUGUAAUAUGUGAUUACGCGUUGCGGUUUUUACCUUUAUAAGCUUGAAGCAAUUUAACCAACGUAAGGCAGCUAACCCCUUGCAUGGGGCCACGCUGACCUUCCCUAUAUGCAUAUUUGUAUUCUAAAUAAAGGAGCCUCAAGGCUGUGUCUGACCUAAAA